AAAAAGAAAAACAGUCAUUUUAAAAGUUAGUCACAGACAAGCCAAUUUAGGUGGUACUGGCAUGAACCCGGAAUGCGAGAAGAAGAAGGAAAUAGUUUGAGAAAGUUUUUAUUUUCUAUUGUGAUCCUAGUGCAGGCUAUGUACGCUGCCGCAGAGCAGAACGGCUUUCUUGUGUUUGUAAAGUGGUAAACAGUAUUUGAAAAAUGUAAACGAUUUAUUGAAGUUUCUUUCUCGACUUCAGUUUACUUUAUUAUUUUACCCGUCUUAGAAAAAAAAAAAAGUUUUUUUUUCUGAAAUUAAACCGAUCACCCGAAGAGAUAGUGAUAUUUUUUUCCAGGGUUACAUUUUACAACAUCCAAACUACCUAGGCAGUGGUCGCUGCUUUCAAUUCUGGAAAACGAUAAAAAAGAAAAAAAAAAGUGGGCUCAAACAUGGGAAAAAACUUGGGAUACCUCGCGCUGAUGGUUUUGCUUACCUGCGCUUUUGCUUGGAGAAAAACUGUCGCUCAAAAAGGCAGGCAGUUUGAGGAGAGCCCCGGGAAUGUGACCUCAUCGCUGGGGAAGCCUGUAAGACUCCGCUGCGGGAUCCGGGGUUUUGGGGAACCCCCCGAGAUCGGCUGGAGCAGGGACGGGGAGCCCUUGGAAAUGUCCGACACCAACCAGAUGACCCUGCCCCUGGGGGUGGAGGAAGAGUGGCUGUCCAUCAGCGAGCUGCGGAUCUCGUCUGUGCAGCUGUCUGACAUGGGGGGGUACCGGUGUGUCCUGACUGAGGAGGGGGGAGAGCUCCUCUCUGAAGAGGGCUACCUGGAGCUGGAAGGGUUACCUCAUUUCUCCGAGGAGCCCCGGGACUUUGCCGUGGUAGCGAACAGGACCCUCAAUCUGAGCUGCCGAGCGCACGGCCCCCCGGAGCCAGUGAGGGUGAUCUGGCUGCAGGACGGGGCCCCCCUCAACACGCUGCUCGAUCCCAUCGCCCUGUCCCCCUCCACUCUCACUCUCAGAGGGCUCAACAGCAGCAGCUCGUUCUCAUGUGAAGCUCACAACAAGAAAGGGGUGGCCACGUCCACGACGGGCACAGUCACAGUUAUCCCAGACAAGCCUCAGAAACUCAAGCUGUACUCAAGAACCAACAGGUCGCUGGAGAUCUCAUGGGAGCCCGGGUUCGGGGGGGUGUACCCCAUAACUGUGUACUCCAUGGAGGUCUCCGAGUUCAGCGGAGGCCACGUGAUCUACAAUCAGAACGUCAAGGCCCCGCCCCUGCGUCACGUGAUCCCGGGCCUGGCUCCAUUCACAGAAUACCGCGUCCGUCUGCGCUGCCGCAGCAGCGAGGGGGUUUCUGAUUGGACAGACUGGGUGACCAUGGCAACGCUGGAAGGAGUGCCGAGUCUCGCUCCCGCUAAUGUCAGCGCAGAGUACAACGGCAGCCUCGCUCUAGUGAAGUGGGAGGAGCCAGCGGGUCGGCUGAACGGGGUUCUGAGAGGAUACCGGCUGGCCUAUCGGAGCCAGGAAUCAGGAGAGUUGAUAGACACAGGUAACGCCACAGAGAUGACCUUCAACCUCUCCCUUCCCGGGAGCAACCUCUCUGUGCGGGUGUGCGCGUACACCGGGGCGGGGCAGGGGCCCUGGAGUCUCCCCCUCAGCCUCUCCUCCUUCCAGCCAGAGAUGGGAGGCCUGCAAUCUGGAGUGUCACCAGCUGUGUUUUCCUGGCACUGGUGGUACGUUGCCAUGGCUGUUGCCGUGGCGAUUGCCUGCGCGGUCAUGGUCGGCGUGUACGUCGCACGACUCCGCAAGAAAGAGACGCAAUACGGGGAAGCGUUCGAGCCGAUGAUGGAGAGAGGAGAGCUGGUGGUGCGCUACCGAGCGCGGCGAUCCUACAGCCGCAGAACCACAGAGGCCACGCUAAACACUCUGGGCAUCAGUGACGAACUCAAAGAGAAGCUGCAGGAUGUGAUGGUGGAUCGACACAGACUGACACUCGGGAAGACGUUAGGAGAAGGGGAGUUCGGUUCGGUGAUGCAAGGGCAGCUCAGUCAGGAGGACUACGUCCUCAAAGUUGCCGUGAAGACCAUGAAAAUAGCUAUCUGCACACGCAGUGAGAUGGAGGAUUUUCUUCGGGAAGCUGCCUGCAUGAAGGAGUUUGAUCAUCCCAACGUCAUGAAACUGAUUGGCGUGUGUCUGCAGAGUGUGGAGAGUGAGGGGUACCCCUCCCCGGUGGUGAUCCUGCCCUUCAUGAAGCACGGAGACCUGCACAGCUACCUGCUGUACUCCCGGCUCGGAGACAGCCCUGUGUACCUGCCUGUGCCGAUGCUUGUGAGGUUCAUGACGGAUAUCGCUCGAGGGAUGGAGUAUCUCAGCAACAAGAACUUCAUUCACCGAGACCUGGCCGCCCGGAACUGCAUGUUGAAUGAGAACAUGACGGUGUGCGUGGCUGACUUUGGGCUCUCUAAGAAGAUCUACAACGGGGAUUACUACCGGCAGGGCCGGAUCUCCAAGAUGCCGGUGAAGUGGAUUGCCAUCGAGAGCCUGGCCGACCGGGUCUAUACGAGCAAGAGCGACGUGUGGUCGUUUGGGGUGACGAUGUGGGAGAUUGCUACGCGGGGUCAGACCCCGUACCCCGGCGUUGAGAACAGUGAGAUCUACGACUACCUGCGGCAGGGGAACCGACUGAAGCAGCCCCCCGACUGUCUGGACUUCAUCUACGCCCUGAUGUUCUCCUGCUGGCUGCUGAGCCCCAAGGAGCGACCCAGGUUUGAGACGCUGCGCUGCGACCUCGAGAAAGCCCUGGAGGAGCUGCCCAGUCUCCAGGAAGGAGAGGAGAUCCUGUACGUGAACAUGGAGGAGCCCCAGGGCCAGGGGAGGGACGAGGCCCCAGAGUUGGGGGCCGUGGGGGGCCAGGACCCCUCCGAAUGCCUCAAGGGGCCCCCCUUCUCCCUCCUGGGCCCCCCGCUCAAGGGGGGCUCCUCGGUCACCUCGGUGGAUGUGCACCACAGGUCGGGGAGGUAUGUGCUGUGCCCUGCCCAGCAGGAGAGCUCCAGGAUGCUGAGGGCAGAGUCUAGGGAGAGCCUGGGGCUGGGAGAGAGCAGAGAGGAGGGAGAGGGAGAAGAAGAGGCAGAGGCGGGUCUCCGGCCACCCCCUUGCACACCUCCCAAAGCCAAACCCAAAGCCCCAUGGCAGUGACUGAGCUGGUAGCUUUGGAGCCUGAACUGGGGUUUGAGAGGAUUGCUUUAUCCUUUCAGGAGAAACUGAUCGAUAGAUCUACUGGGACUGAUCGCCAGACCAGACGCUUCACUGCUUCGCUUCCACAGCACAAUCACUGGGAUACAAUUUAUUGAUAUGCACUGGGACGGAUCGCUAGACCAGUAACUUUUCUGCUUUGAAAUGCUAAAAGUGGCUCAGAAAAUUCAGUGACAAACGUUUCGACUGGAGGUCUUUCUCCGUGCCUUCACUGCCACCACUUUUCUCAGGUCGCUGGGACAACUGGUAACACAUAACUGGGACUGACCAGACCAGUAACUUCACUGCUUUCCUUCCGCUGUCACUGGGAGAGAACAGAUGGACAUGGACAAUAUGGGACUGAUAAGUAGACCAGUAACUUCAAUGCUGGUCACUCAGGGACUGGCCAGCUGACCAGUCCAUGAGUGACCAGACUCCUGUCCUCGACAACCACGACACAGACGAUGAGGACGUCAUUAGGAAUAGCCAAUAACUCGAUUUAGGUGGAUUCAUGUAUAACAGCAGUACAUUCCAGUGCAAAACUGCUGCUGCGCUUGCAAUAUCAUUCCAGACCCACAGAAAAUGAUCUGUGCAUCCAUAAAAAAAACAGCCCAGACUCUCGCAGCUCCCCAGUACAAUCCCACUGUAAAACCAGUACAGUAUCCCAGUACCAGGGAUUGAAACAAGACUCCCGUUGCACAGCAGUGUGAUCCAUUCCUGGUUUCACUAUGAGUUUGAGACACCUGAGUUUGUUACCUAUAGAGACUGAUUAAGUGGCUGAUUAAGCUGGUAUUAAACCAGCUAUUGCUGGAAUAACAAGCUCAACAGUGACAGGAGUUAACUGGGUUCAGCUGCACCUGUGCCUCGUAGAAUUAUUCACUUUAUCACUGCCAGACACACGGUACUUCGGUCUAAGAAGCUCGCAAGCUUCUUUGUUCUUUCUAUCGAGAUCUUAACAAUCACAAAAAAAUAAUAAUAAUAAUUAAGCACAUGAUUAAUGUUUUUUUUAUUUUAUGUAUAAAUGUUGAAAUUAUAUUUUGCACUAAUAUAAAUGUAUAUCAUAAAUAUGUACAAUACAUUACAUAAUAUACACCGCUGUUUGAAAGUCUUAGACAUGUUGCAUUUUUCAACUCCUUGCUUAUGCAAGUCAAGGUUGUUCUAAGAAAACACCAGUGGAGGCUUUGAGUAAAUUGUUGAUGCUCAUAAUGCAUCAGAGGAGAAAAAUGCAACAUGUCUAAGACUUUCAAACAGCAGGGUGUGUGUGUGUGUGUAUCUAUCUAUCUAUCUAUACACACGCACACACACACACACACACACACACA